AAGAUGAUCCUCCUGUCUGGUCUGCUUGUUAUUGUCUGGGGAGAAGCGGCUCUGUGUCUGGGGCCGGAUGGAAGCUUCACUUUCAAUAGAGAUAUCCAGCACUACGCCGUGGCCACCAACACGGUUUACGUUGCUACAGAUGAUACACUGUACCAGCUGAGCCACGACCUGACCCUGGUCCAGCGUGUGACCCAGAGAGGAGUUCUGAAGGGCGAGAUGUUUCACCGGGUUUCUGAGACGGAUUUCUCGGACGCAACUUUUACCAUCAACGUGUUGUUGCCAUUCGUUGAGAACGAUACUUUGAUCAGCUGCGGGGCGAUCGACAAAGAGUGUGGCCACUGCGAGAUUCUGAAGCUGAUGGACAUCUCCAGCCUCCAGCACAGUGAGAGCUUCCAGGUGGGAUCCCUGGAUCACAGCAGCGCGUCCGUCGCAGUCUUGGUGAAGGUGGAGAAGAAUCCAACCAAGACCGACACGUUCAUUCUGACCGCGAUAGAGCAAAGUCCGAAGCAGAAGGAGAGGGCCGAAAACUGCUCAACUAACUUAGCCACUGUCCAGCUCCAGAACGCGGAGGAGAACCAGAAUGGAGGCAUAUUUUCUCUCAAUGAAAAUCAAGGCGUGCCAUCGAUCAAAAGCAUUGACAAAGUGGAGUUUGUGGAGUUUGUGGAUGGAUUUCAGAUCAGUUCCACCAUGUAUCUGCUCUCCAACGUGCGCUCUGCUGAUACAAGCAACAGAAUCCGUCUGAUUUGGCUCGAGGGUAAAGGCAGCAAGACACUGACUCUCAAGUCGCUGCGAGGUGCGACUCUCAGGGUCUCUGAGGCCGGAGGUCACAGACUCGUGGCCUCCUCGGUGAUCCCGGGGGCGCAGCCGGUGCUGUGGAGCGGAGUGUUCAGUGCGGACGUGGGACGGACCAACACCGAGCUGCUUGUGUUUGACAUCAGCCCGGAUUUCACCGGAAAAGCGAAUACAGAUCCAGACUUCUACAGCGGCAGCAGAGAGUCCAGUGCCCCCGAGCCGAAGACACUGAGGCCGAAAGCCGUGCUCUUCAGGCACAGCAACAUGACCUCUGUGCUGGCAGUGAGGCACAAUACCUGGGUGGUUUUCUUCAUCGGGACUGGAGAUGGGCAGCUCAUUAAGCUCUCUGUGGAUAAGGACUAUCACACCUCCUGUCCCACGGUGCUCUUCAGAGCUGAUGACGAUCGCCAAGUGUUUCCCAAGAUUCAGCUGGAUCCGAUUGAUCGUAACUAUGUGUACGUGCCAGUAAGAAACCAGAUGAAGCGUGUUCCUGUAUCAAAGUGCAACACGUACAGAGAUGUGAAGGAGUGUUGGUCUGCACAGGAUCCGCAGUGUGUCUGGUGUGGCUCAAAAGAUAGUUGCACGUUUGAAGACGACUGUGUAGAUUCCGACUGGUUGUCCAUUCCUGAGGAUUAUCAAGAGAAAAUGGUUUCCCACAGAGUUGCUAAGGAGCCAACUGGCCAGAUCACACUGAACGUCCAGACUCACCUGACCGCAGGCCAGACGGCACGGUCUAACUUCGCCUGUCAGUUUUCUGCAAGGUCCAGUGCGAUUCACUGCACCAGUGGCCCUGCUCCGAUGUUCCCACAAUGCACCUGCAUCCUCCCUAAUGGCACACUUCCUGAAGAAGUCUUUGUAAAAAUUAGACUUGGGACGAUGCAGUUAUCGGAACGACUGACGCUGACCAAGUGCUCUGACAUCGCGGGUCCGCCAACCUCUGUCCUGUGUCGGCAGUGUUUCAAGGCCGGAUGCGACUGGAGCAAAAACAAGUGUUCCUGGGCAAAUGGAGUCAGAAAUGACAGUGUUUGCAAAAGGAUGGUGUCAGGAACAAAGUUUUCUACGCCAGAGAUCUCCUCCAUCGAUCCCGGCGUCGUGUCUUUCUACGGCAGAAACCACGCGGUGUUAUACGGUCGUAACCUCAGUGACGUGACCAGAGUGAGGAUACAGGCGCACACAGAAUGCAAGCCACAAGAAUCUCCUGUUUGGAACAACAUGGGCACGAGUCUGAUGUUCCACAUUCCCACUGCGGAUAGUAAAGGCGUGGUCAAAGUCUGUGCCCUCCUCCCAGACGGUAGUUGCCACGGCAGCAGCAACAUCACCUACCAGUCAUCCCCAUCCUGCUCCAACAUUGUACCAAACAGCACCUGGCUCAGUGGGAAGAGGAAGUUGACAAUCAUAGGCUCUCAUCUGGACUUUGUGGAAGGUGUCACGCAGAGCCACGCCCCACAGGAAGUCCGACUUCCUGAAAACAGGAGCUAUCAGAAUCUCAUCUUUGAAACAGUUGCAGCUGUAAAUGCACAGGGGCCUUUUCCCAGCACAGUUUUUCUGAAAGUAGGCAAUAAAACGUUGCCCUGCACCCCAACCAUCACCUUCUACCCAGAGCCCAAGUUUAUCAGCUUCAAAUCCAUCCUUGUCGGGGACGACGUGCGCAUCACCAUAGAGAAAAAGGCAGACAAACUGGAGAUGAAUGAAACAGAGUUGUCAAUAUGGGGCGUUGAGGGAGGACAUCAUUACCCCUGCAUCAUGACAGCCAAAGAAAGACACAAAGAGACUGAAACGUUUUCCUGUGAAAUCCAAGUCACACAGGUUGCUGAAUUUCAGAUUUUAAUGAUAAAGUAUGGGGACAAGAUGGUGAAACUCCAAAAUAAACCACCGUUUCAGUUUAUUUGGGUGCUGCUCGUUCUGUUGCUGAUAUCCUGCAUUAUCAUCAUCAGUGAGUACAAAAAGUCCAGCUGA